AACCAACACAACCAGAAAACCUCCGGUUAGCACGACGGCGCACGGUGUUCCCCAGCAAAAGAAUUUGUUCCUAAAAAAAAAAAUGGUGCUUUUUUAAGUUUUUCGUGUUUCAUAAUCGUGUCUGCGUUUGAGAAAGAAAGAGAAAAAUGGAGAAAGGUAAAUACUUAGCAUUGGUUGGAACCGGUGCUCUUUUUGGCUCUGUAUCUACCAUCUUCUUUCUUAGGCUCCUUCAAAACCAUAAAAAAGUGGCGCGGCAGUAUAAUAAGAAUGCUACCGAGUUAAAUGGUCUUGAGACUUGCACUAUUGCUGGAAAGAAGAAUGAUAAGGCAGUUAAUGAAGAUCUUCUGAAGGAUGAGAUUGUUUCUGAACAUCUAACUAGGAACAUUCAGUUUUUUGGCUUUGAGUCUCAGCAGAAAGUGAGUGCAUCAUAUGUUGUGGUCAUUGGUCUUGGAGGGGUUGGCAGUCAUGCUGCAUCUAUGCUCUUGAGAUCAGGGGUCGGCAAGCUUCUUCUUGUGGACUUUGAUCAGGUUUCUCUUUCAUCAUUAAAUCGACACGCUGUUGCAACAAGAGCAGAUGUUGGCAUUCCAAAAGCGCAGUGCCUUAAGGAGCAUUUCUCAUCUAUCUUUCCUGAGUGCCAAGUAGAUGCAAAAGUACUGCUAUAUGAUUCAUCUACCGAAGAAGAAAUUUUGUCAGGCCACCCUGACUUUGUCUUGGAUUGUAUUGAUAACAUUGAUACUAAGGUGGCACUUCUUGCUGCUUGUGUACGGAGGGGCCUGAAGGUGUUAUCUGCCACUGGGGCUGGUGCUAGAGCCGAUCCAACUAGAAUACGCAUUGCUGAUUUAAGAGAGUCAACUAAUGAUCCAUUGUCUCGAUCUGUGAGACACCGUUUGAGGAAAGAUCAUGGCAUUGAAGGUGGCAUCCCUGUUGUAUUUUCUUUAGAAAAACCCAAAGCUAAGUUGCUUCCAUUUAAGGGUCCAAAUGGUGAAGAGGAAAAUCCUUCAGACUACCAGAUAGUACCAGGCUUCAGAGUCCGUAUCAUACCGGUGUUAGGCACAAUCCCUGCAAUAUUUGGACAAGUUAUGGCAUCCUAUGUUGUGACGGAAUUAGCAGGAUUUCAAGUUCAAACAGAACCGAUAGUCAAUUUUGAUACCGAUCAUUACCAUACUCUCCAUCAACGCCUAAUUGAGCAUGAGGAGUUAGUAUAUGGAACAUCACAGCAAGUGCAGGUAGAUGUUGAAGAAGUGAUGUAUAUUGUAAAAGAAUUAUGGCAUGGAAGAAGUGCUAGAGACCAGCUUGUGAAAGAAGCUGGACGAGGAAUGUGGCGAUCAGUUAAUGAAUUAAUGCUUGUAAGGUGGGAUUGCGAAAAGCCGGCUUCUAUAUCAAAUUUAAUUCUUUUGAAAUUCAAAGAGGUUGAUGAGCAUGAAUCUAGAACAUUGGAUGAAAUAAAGGAAAAGGAACCUGAAUUCUACAACAGUGUAAGUGCAGUGUUAAAACGAGCUGAAAUUGACUUUGGCUACGCACAUUAAUACUUGUUACAUGUUGCUCUAAGAAUAGAAGUAUCAAGUAUGUAACAAGAUCAACAAUGUAAUAUUAAAAAUCUUGUAAUUGUUAUUUCUCUUUUACUUUAUCAA